UUUCAGCCUUCAAAGCCAGCCCCUCGGGUAUUAUCUCGUCAGACAACAUGUCCCACCUCAACUACGAGACCCGUCUUCCGCUCGGCCAGGCAACCAUCGAUCACUUCAUGGGACUUCCAGCUCAUCCAACAAAAUGCCAAGCUACAUAUGUUUGGAUUGAUGGAACUGGUGAACAUCUUCGUGCCAAAACACGUACUAUCAACACAAAACCGCAAUAUUUGUCCGAGUAUCCGAUCUGGAAUUACGAUGGAUCUUCGACUGGACAAGCUGAUGGCCUCAAUUCUGAUCGUUAUCUGAGACCGGUGGCAGUGUUCCCUGAUCCGUUCCUUGGAGGAUUGAACGUUCUUGUGAUGUGCGACACCUUAGAUCAUGAGAUGAAGCCCACAGCCACCAAUCACCGACAAAUGUGUGCGGAACUCAUGAAGAAGGUUUCCGAUCAGCAACCCUGGUUCGGAAUGGAGCAGGAAUACUUGAUUGUCGACAGAGACGAACAUCCACUCGGCUGGCCGAAACACGGGUAUCCUGCACCACAAGGAAAGUAUUACUGCGGUAUUGGGGCCGAUCGUGCAUUUGGUCGUGAAGUCGUUGAGACUCAUUAUCGUGCUUGUCUCCACGCAGGAAUCACCAUAUUCGGAUCGAACGCGGAGGUCACUCCAGGACAAUGGGAGUUCCAAAUUGGUACUUGCCUGGGUAUUGAAAUGGGCGAUCAGCUGUGGAUGGCUAGAUACAUAUUGCACAGAGUUGCCGAACAGUUCGGAGUUUGCGUCUCUCUUGACCCCAAACCACGCGUUACAAUGGGCGAUUGGAACGGCGCUGGCUGUCAUACAAACUUCUCAACGAUUGAUAUGCGUCGACCAGAUGGAUUGGAAACUAUUAUCGCAGCUAUGGAGGGACUUAAAAAGACUCAUUCAGAAGCCAUGAAAGUAUACGAUCCAAAUGGAGGACAUGAUAAUUUGCGCCGACUCACUGGGCGGCAUGAGACCAGUCAAGCCGACCAAUUCUCCUGGGGAAUUGCUAAUCGUGCUUGCUCAGUUCGUAUCCCACGUCAAGUUGCUGAUGAAGGAAGAGGAUAUCUCGAAGACCGCCGUCCAUCGUCGAAUUGUGAUCCAUACCUGGUGACUGCAAUGAUCGUGAAAAGCGUGCUGAUCAAUUGAUUCCUUAACUACUCAUUAUUUCAUGUGAAAAAACUCGGUCUAAUUGCAAACCUUAUGAUUUCAUGUCGUAUCAUCUCACCAAUUCCUGUAAUAGUCUGUAAUUUAAACGCAUCCCAACUCAAAAAACUAACUGCAUGUGUCUUAUAAUACUUCUUUAGCCAAUCUCGAAUACAACACUAAAGCAUCUGCUUAUCAUGGGACAUUGAUAGAAAGCGCCAAAGUUCUCCCUUUCAGCUUUAAAUAUUCGGAAGAAGUGUUCAAAACGUUUAUAAGAAUUAGUUUAAAAUUUAUUAAAAUAUUGCA